AUGACAGAAGACAAUGAUGCGCCUGAAGCGGGAGCCACCCGCCAGAUGCCAUAUCUACCUCGCGAGGUGCAGGCGCAGAUCUCACCGCAUCUCGACCUAUCCUCUGCUCGCUGUCUCGCAAGGACUUGCAAAGCGCUCAGAGACGUCGGUGAAGCGAAAGUAUGGGAGACUCUCGAUCUGACUAGUGGGUACGACUCGGACGAAUAUGCCACCUCUAUACCUCUUCGGGAGUACACAGCCCGAUCCAGAAUCGUCAACAUCAAGCUUUCGCACGCCCUCGCAGGACUCAGAUCUCAUCCUUUCCGCUGGGACUGUAUCGACAGUCUCCGGAUCGAGCCGUACGACGCGGGCGACGAGGCGGGGAAAGCGCCGUCGCGAGACGUUGAUGACUCCGAUACCGAUUCGGAUGACGACGAGGACGAGGACGAUGACGAGGGCGUAUAUGGGAUCCAUCUCCCGUAUGACACAGAGCUGCAGGUGAGAGAGGCAGCGUUACAGGCGACCUUGAAAUACAGCGAGCUGGUCGAAGUGGACUUCCACAAUGUCGAUGUAUAUUACAUGUCCAUCCUUCAGCGCCUGACAAUCUUGACAUCCGCUCGGCUGCCUCUCGAGGCCUACGCGUCUUUGGGGGUCGACACCUCCCCCUCCUCCACCGUCGCCGUAUCGACCAAAAUGAGGCGGUAUCUUUGCCGAUAUCCCUGUCUCGACAUCAUCCUCUUCUACUUCCCGGAAGACGGACUCCCCAUCGUAUACGGCACGCAUCUCCAGCCCUCUUUGUUCGUCGACCCAUCCCAAUGGGAGUCUCUCGGUCAUCGCGGAGCCAUCGUCAGGCAAUACAGACCGCCAGACGACCCAGGCGUCUCGACCGGGGACCCGACGGAAGUUUUCUGGCACGUGCGCGUGUUGACGCGAGUGGCCAUCCACCACACGGGCCGGAAAUUUGUCGGGGCGAAACGACACUGGCUGGACAUGGCGUACUUCCGGGGCAGGACCGUUCCUCGCGACGUCCUCCAGGCGGCUUACGCGGCGCAUGGCGAAGAUCCAGAGUUCUUGCAAGGCGGUAGAAGUCUGAGGAUGAAGGAGAGGGCGUGGGAUAUUUUGAGGAGCUGGCGGGCUGCUCAGACAGAACCUACUGGUGGCGAUGAGGGGGAGGACUCUGCGUCUGGUGACGACGAGGCGCAUGAAGGCGGAGACGAGGAUGAGCAAGCAAGUGACGAUGAGGAGGAGGACGGCCUCGGCGACAUACUUGGGUAUCUGGGGGAGUAG